CUUUCCGGACUAGAAGAAAUGUAACACGCUACUGAAAUAAACAGGACAUAAAGGGAGCAGAAAGCUUAAUAAUUUCAAGGCUUUCAUAUUGUAACAUAAUAACUGUAUUCAAAUAAUCAGGAUUUAAUUUAAUUGAGCUUUACGCAGUCAUGUAUGAAGACAGCAUUUCUCCAGAGUUCACAGCUAUCACUCCACCGAGAGCGGACUGUGUGUACACGAGCUGCUACUGUGAAGAGAAUGUGUGGAAAUUGUGUGAACAUAUCCAGGCUCAGGAGACAUGCCCACUGGACGAAGUGUAUGCAGUCUUCAUAUCGAAUGAAAAUAAAUCGAUCCCUAUUUGGAGACAGAAAUCCAGUAGAGGGAGUGAACCUGUGAUAUGGGAUUAUCAUGUUGUGUUGCUGCACUUCAACCCACAAGCACAGUGUUUUGUGUAUGAUCUGGACACCACCCUCCCCUUCCCGUGUCCUGCAGAUGUGUAUUCGAGAGAAGCAUUUCGAUCUGAUGGGAUGUUGAAACCAGAAUUUCGAAGGAAAAUGCGAGUCAUUCCAGCAGUCACCUAUUUAAAGACGUUUGCUUCAGAUAGAUCUCACAUGAAGCAUUCUGAUGGGACAUGGCGUAUGCCCCCACCUCCUUAUCCUUGCAUUGAAACAACAGAAUUCAAAAUGAACCUGGAUGACUUUAUUAGCAUGGACCCAAACGUGGGCUUAGGGAAAGUUUACAAGCUUUCUGGAUUUCUGCAACAUUUUGGAGUUAAAUGAUGAAUUUAAGAAGCAGCAAAUGAACUGUAUCAAAGUGAUGCUAAAACGUCAAAGACGAGUUAGGACUGUCGAGGUAUGGGAUAAUAUAACCCACUUACCAAAUCAAUGGACGGUACGUGAACAUGUCUGGUUCUGUCCUUCCAGUUUCUCAAACCCUCACAGCGCAGUUCACAGCGCAAGGCGAAUAAGGUGUUUAUCAUAUGCAAACUGUUUCAUUGAUUUAGGAUAAAAUGGUAAGAAAAAAAAACAAAAAAUCAUGAAGUCACUAAAGACUAUUGGUUAAUAUUUAGAUUUCAAAAUGUGUUGAUUUUUUUUAUAAUUAUUAAAACAUAUUUCUAUCCUUUAAGUAAAAAUGAUUGUUUUUUGUAAAUUGUGUGCACAGGUAUGUAUGUUGCUUUGAAAAGGUGCUCAAUCUGAAACAAUGAUGUGAAACAAUUUACUGUUGCAUGGCCCAUUAGUAAAUCACUGUAUGCAGCUGUUCUUGGUAUUGUCAGCCCAUUAUAGAGCAGUUUAUCUUCACAACUCUUGCAAUUGUUUUGCAAAUGCCUUGUUACCUGCUGCAUUGUUUUUUUUAAGUAGAGCAGUAAAAACAGAGCGAGUCCUAACAUUUAUUAUUGUCCUGUGUUCUCAUACAAAGAAGAGUUGGAGAUAUACAAAUAAUAAAAAUGCUGUUAUUCAGAACAGAAUUAUAUCAAG